AUGAGUCUGAUAUUUCUCGUAGUAUCUUGCCUGCUUGCAGGUUCGCAGGCACAACAGUCGGCAUAUGGCCAGUGUGGAGGGAAUGGUUGGACCGGCCCCACGACAUGUGUAUCUGGGUAUUACUGCUUUUACCAGAAUGACUGGUAUUCACAAUGCAUACCAGGUUCAGCGACGACUACAAGAGCUAGUACUGCAUCAACUACUAGCUCUAGUACAAGUAGUAGGAUAACUAGUGUCGCGACUACAACAGCAUCGACGACAUCUUUGUCCCGUACUACGACGACAAGAACGACAACCAGCUCGUCCGGACCAACAUCAUCCCCGGGCUCUGCCAUCCAACAUUGGUUUGCUUUUGGAGAUUCGUAUACAUAUAACGGAUUCAACCCGUGGGGAACGCAGCCAUCAACAAAUAAUCCUUUGGGUAACCCAGCAUUCCCAGGUGAUACUACUUCGGGAGGGGCAAACUAUAUCGGCCUUACGGUGUCAACCUAUAAAAAGAGUGACGUCUUUGCUUAUGGUUUCGGAAUCAGCGGUGCCACGAUUGACCCUGCAUUGGCUUACCCAACUCAAGGACGUGCUCUUGAUGUCGAAAUCAACAUGUGGAUUCAGCAGUACUCUAAUCGUGCGACAGUUGGAGUCCCAUGGACAAGUGAUAAUACCCUCUUCUCGUUGUUCUUCGGUGUCAACGAUAUAACCGUUACAAUGGCGAGAACCGAUAUGGAUACGUACACAGACAAGAUUCUGACUUCAUUGAUGAAUCAGACAAAUACUUUAUACAACUAUGGUGCUAGGAAAUUUAUGUUUAUCAACGCCCCACCAGUCGAUAGACUGCCAGCAGUAUAUGGUAACGCGGCAAUCAAGGCAAACGUGGCGCGUUGGAACUUAAGGUUAUUGACUUUCGCAGCGGACUUUAAGAACACUCACCCAGGGUCGUCUAUUGUUGUGUACGAUACCUGGACCGACUAUAAUAAGGUUCUCGACAACCCGGCGGCUUACGGGUUGAAGUCAGACGUGCAGGGCUCGGGAGCAGACCAAACAUACUUUUGGAGAGAUGCAUAUCACCCUAAUGUUAAGAUGCAUGAUGUCAUGGCGCAGGCUAUCUCGGUCCUGUGGCGGUCCGUUGGCUGGUGGUAA